CUCCGCCGCCACCGCCCGGACCUCGUACGUCGGCCGAUCACCCGAUCAACUAACCAGCCUGCAGACCCCUAAGCACGCACGUCGUACGUCUCCCCAUCUCCGAAAAUGCACCGGUGGCUCAUCGGCAGCUGCGGCGACAUGCGCCCGCCCCGCCGCCGCAUCCAGGAACCGCAAGUCCAAGAGGAGCCUCGGCCGCGUCGGUGCACGUCGUCGCCGCCGAAGCUGAGGAAGACGAGCUCGGAGGCGAUUAUGCUCUCCCUGCCCAAGGACCUGGCGGAGUUUCGGGCGAUGUCGGUGUACGGGAACCUCAAGCUCUUCACGUACGACCAGCUCAGGCGGGCCACCGGCGACUUCAGCCCCACGCAGAUCAUUGGCGAGGGCGGCUUCGGCGUCGUCUACAAGGGGGUCAUUGGCGCUGUGGUGGUCGCCGUCAAGCGGCUCAACCCGGACGGCAUUCAGGGCGACCGCGAGUGGCUGACCGAGGUGAGUUGCCUGGGGCAGUACAGCCACCCGAACCUGGUGGAGCUCAUCGGCUACUGCUGCGACGACGACCACCGGCUGCUGGUGUACGAGUUCAUGGCCAAGGGCAGCCUCGAGAACCACCUCUUCCGACGCGCGUGCACCCUGUCAUGGACAACCCGGGUGAGGAUCGCGCUAGACGUGGCGAGGGGGCUGGCGUUCCUCCACGGCGCGGCGCGGCCCAUCAUCUACCGCGACUUCAAAACCUCCAACAUCCUCCUCGACGCCGACUUCGGCGCGAAGCUGUCAGACUUCGGGCUGGCCAAGGAGGGGCCGGUGGGCGGGAAGACGCACGUGUCCACCCGGGUGAUGGGCACCUACGGCUACGCGGCGCCGGAGUACAUGGCGACGGGGCACCUCACGGCGAUGAGCGACGUGUACGGCUUCGGCGUUGUGCUGCUGGAGAUGCUGGUGGGGCAGCGCGCGCUGGAGCCGAGCCGGGCGGGGAGGGCGGGCAACCUGGUGGACUGGGCGCGCCCGAUCCUCAUCCGGGGCAGCAAGCUGGAGAAGAUCGUGGACGCCCGGAUGGCGCAGCAGGGCGCCUACUCGGCGCGCGCGCUGGAGCGGGUGGCGCGGCUGGCGUACGACUGCCUCAGCCAGAACCCCAAGGUGCGGCCCGCCAUGAGCCGGGUCGUGCUCGUGCUCGAGGCCGCGCUCGCCAUGGCAUACAGUAGAAACGAGCACAAUCGGUGCAUACAAUUCUCCAGUCCAAGCUCACUUGCCAGCUGCAACUUUACUGAAACUAAACCCGCCUGA